GCAUAUUAUUAUUAGUAGCAUCCCGUACUCCGUACUCCCCACCAUUUAGGCUUCCGCAAUUCGACAAAGCGAUUUCUUGUAGACUCUCGACUAUCCUCUCGUCUUCGAAAACACGACUGUGUGCUUGAUUCACAGUUAGCUACCGUCAAAUCCCAGCAGGAUUUUCUAUGGCCGACGUUGCUACUCCCGAUGGCUCAGCGCCAAUUGUUCCGGUGCUCAGGGAUCCGGAUGCGCCACCAUCGAGUGCUGGCUCUGCGGGACAGUCUGAAGUUCGUCCAGGGCCAUCGCCUAUGACAGAGGAGCUGAAAGCUCGCCUGGACAAAGUCAUUUACUCCGAUAUCGGCAUCACAACGCUCCUGGCACGAUUGAAGCAGAGCGUAGCUUCUGCGAAGGAUUUCUCCGCAUUUCUCAAGAAGCGGUCCUCCCUGGAAGAAGAACAUGCGCAGGGUCUGAGGAAGUUGUCUCGCUCUCUUAAUGACGCUGCCAGCCGCCCCGACAAUCGUCAAGGCACCUACGGCUCCAGCUACAAUGAUCUCAAUCGAUUCCACGAACGCAUGGCGGACCAUGGACUUCAAUUCGCAGUAUCUCUGCAGCAGAUGGCUGACGACCUCCACGAGCUCGCCACGAACAUCGAGAAGGGACGCAAACAAUGGAAACAAACCGGCCUGAGCGCGGAGAAAAAGGUUACUGAGGCUGAGGCGGCAGCAGAGAAAGCAAAGGCCAAGUACGAAUCUCUUGCAGAGCAGUAUGAUCGCGUGAAAACUGGGGACAAACAGGGCGGGAAGUUCGGCUUGAAGGGACAUAAAUCUGCUGCCCAGCACGAAGAAGAGCUGCUGCGCAAAGUGCAAAAUGCGGACGGGGAUUAUGCUGCCAAGGUCACGGCCGCACAAGCGGCUCGACGAGAAUUGAUUUCCACCCAUCGUCCGCAGGCUGUGCAGAACAUCCAGAAAUUGAUUGCAGAGUGCGACUCUGGUCUUACGUUGCAGCUACAAAAGUUCGCGACAUUUAAUGAGAAGUUGCUGUUGGGACAAGGCUUAUCCAUUACGCCUUUAGAUGAGGGUGCUGGCAAUGGCUCUAUUGGACCAAGGAGUCUGUAUGAGGUGGUACGGCAGAUUGACAACCAGAAGGACUUCCAGGAUUAUAUACUCAGCUACGAACAUAAUCCUGGUGCGGUGACUUCCGAGCAGGUUCAGUACCAGCGUCAUCCGACACUGGGAGGUACGCCCACCCCUGUUGCUCCAGCCUCGCAGCCUUCCACACAGAACAAGCGCCAGUCAACCAUGUUUCCUUCAUCUUUUUCCCAACAACAUCUUCCUAUCAGUCAGCCCUCCACUCAGCCAUCUGGACCGGCUGCGGCCCCGUCUCCGGCACCAGCGUCAGCUCAAAGCACCCAGCCGUCGUCUUUUCAGCCACAUCCAGACUCCUUCUCCUCGCCGCCCCCAUUUCAACCACCUUAUCCGACCUCUUCUGGAUUACCGGCUCAAGAUCAGCACAAUGUGAACAAACCGCCCAUGACGGCACCGUCUAAUCCUCUGCCUCCACCUGGAAACAACUUCCAACAGGAUCUCCCUCCUCUGAGGCCGGUCUUCGGGGUGUCAUUGGAAGAUCUAUACGCCAGAGAUGGGACUGCCGUACCCAUGAUUGUUUACCAAUGCCUUCAGGCAAUAGAAUUGUUCGGGUUAGAUGUGGAAGGCAUUUACCGUCUCUCGGGGAGCGCCAAUCACAUCAAUCAUAUGAAGUCGCUUUUCGACAACGACUCAUCACAAGUGGAUUUUACGAAUCCCGAGAGCUUCUAUCACGAUGUCAAUAGUGUCGCCGGGCUGCUGAAACAGUUCUUUAGAGAACUGCCUGAUCCCUUGUUCACUUCCCGAUACUAUUCUGAGUUCGUUAAUGCAGCUCGGAUCGAUGACGACAUCCAGCGUAGAGAUUCACUACAUGCACUUGUCAAUAACCUUCCAGAUGCGCACUACGCCACGCUGAGGGCUCUGAUACUGCACCUCAACAAGGUCCAAGAACAUUACAUGAAUAAUCGUAUGAAUGCAGGGAAUAUUGCAAUCUGCUUUGGACCUACUCUCAUGGGUGCCAGUUCCGGCGGCAACAUUGCCGAUGCCGGUUGGCAGGUCCGCGUUAUUGAGACGAUUCUGGUCAAUACCUUCCAGAUAUUCGAUGACGACUAGAUUUCACUCUCGCUAUCAGACUGGGAGCUCUAUAGCCUUUCAUUAGCCAUGCUUAGGGGUUCAGAAAUCAUGUCUGUCGGACCCCGUUGCGCUGCAGAUUGCACAUUUCAAUUGUUGUUCUUGAUUCCCCCGUCAUAAUUUCAACCGUUUUCAUAUAGCCCCCAAUGUAAAUAUUGUUUCUUUGAUGUUGGAUCGACUGUCUUCUGAUGAGAUACCACCCCCGUUUCAUAAUUCACCUCUACUUCAGGACAUGGAAUGUAUUGCUGCUUUGAACGUAUUGGCAGUCCAAUUUUGGGAUAUAUCCAGUAAUUACAUGAAUAACGAGAAAGGCAAAAUUGAUAUGGUACAGUUCAUAACGAG